GAAAAAUUCCUCGUUUAAGGUUUGGGGCAUUUCACGUUUAUUCCUAACAUAUUCCAAUGUAUGAAAUGAUGUAUAUUAUCCACCAACUCUGCACCAUUUACGAUAAUUCUGGGUUCUUCUUCAAAGGCUCGAAAACAGAUUCUUGCUGAGAUGGGAUAUGAGUUCACAAUAAUGACUGCAGACAUUGAUGAGAAAGGUAUUAGGAGGGAAAAGCCAGAAGAUUUGGUAAUGGCAUUAGCUGAGGCAAAGGCUGAUGCUAUUUUGCAAAGGCUCUUUGCUGGAGGUCCAUUGGACGAAGAUGCUUCUGCAACACUUUUAAUUACUGCAGACACCGUUGUGGUGUAUAGAGGAAUAAUCAGGGAAAAACCAACUAGUGAAAAAGAAGCACGGGAAUUCAUCAAAGGAUAUUCUGGGAGUCAUGCAGCUGUGGUAGGAUCUGUUGUGGUAACUAACCUCGUGACUGGAAAACGUUAUGGGGGAUGGGAAAGUGCAGAGGUUUAUUUCCAUGAAAUACCAGAUGAGGUCAUUGAUAAUCUGAUUGACGAGGAAAUUACAUUCAACGUUGCUGGGGGUUUGAUGCUGGAACAUCCACUGACAUUACCCUUUGUGGAUGCAGUGGUUGGGUCAACUGAUACCGUGAUGGGACUAUCCAAAGCUCUUACCGAGAAACUCUUAUUGGAAGCUCUAUAGCUGCUGCAAUAGUACAAUUAUAUUCUGAUUGAUACCAUGUGCUAGCUGAGUGAGAAUAUUACUGCAUUUAUAUUCAAAUGUUUUGUUUCCACCGAUUCAUGUAAUACAAAAUACAAACAAGAAUGCCCGAGACC